AUGCUUCGCUUCGCAGUCGCCGCAGUGCUCUCAUAUGCUCUCGCGCUCUCGGUGUUCGCGGCGGGGCCCACCCCGAACCAGAUCAAGAACCUCGUCACCUUUGGAGACUCGUACACGGAUAUCGAUACCCAUGCAGACGGCGGGAUCAUGUGGCCCGUCUUCGCCGCGCAAGACGGGAACCUCGCCCUCUUCCCGUUCGCCAAGUCCGGCGCGACGUGCAGCAACAAGCUCACCCCGCGCGUCUUCCCGGGCGUGUUCGACGACGAGCUCCCCGCAUACUUUGCCGCGAAGGCGAACGGUUCGCUCGGGCGGCUCUCCCCUGCGGAGACCAUGUACACGCUCUGGAUCGGGACGAACGACGUUGGGGCCGGCACGCUGCUCACCGGGCAAGCGAACCCUGGCGUCACUGUGGUCGACACGACGGCGUGCGCGGUGAACUGGGUCAGCGCGUUGUACAAGUCGGGCGCAAGGAACUUCAUCUUCCAAAACAUGAUCCCACUUGAGACGACGAUCCUCUACGCCGCAGACUCGUAUCCGAACCGCUUCUGGACCGCGGAGCGUAACACGACCGAGUGGAGCGUCUUCAUGCGCGAGCUCACCACCUCGGGCAACGCCAUCGCGAAACUCAUGCUCCAGGCCCUCGCGCCCACCCUCCCAGGUGCCCACAUCGGCCUCUUCGACUCGCACACGCUCUUUGCGCAGAUGUUCGCGCAGCCGCAGCGCUUCCUGAACGGCACCGCGCCGCUCAACGUCACCGGCUGCGCGCACUCGUGCGUCUUCGCGCCGAACGAGCGCACGAGCGACCCGGGCGUGUGCACCGACGCCGUCGGCACCGACCAGGACAGCUUCCUCUGGUUCGACGAGCUCCACCCGUCGGUGCAGGCGGAGCGGGUCGUGGCGAAGCUUAUAGCUGCAGCGAUCCACAGGCAGCCGGAGGCGGACGAGUUUAUUACGUGGCUGUCGUGA